GGGGUAUUUGCUGAGAAAACCGAAGAGAAAGUGCCCUAUAAUGGCUUGAUCGGAGGUCCAAGUAUGGCUCAGCAGUAUAAAUAGGGCUGGGUUAUUCCCAUUAGCAUUCACUUGCCUUUGCUCAAUCUAGCAGCAGGAUGUGGAACAUCACUGAAGUUGCUCUUCAGCUCCCGACCUCCACAGCUUCAGACCGUCUCCUCCAGCCCCUGUGGGACUACCUGUUGUUCCAGCACUUCACCCUGGUCUCGUCUCCAUUCUUCCCAGUGCUGCUCGCCUUCUCCAGCUACGUCAUCUUCAGGGUCCCCUUCACCAUCCUGGAUGUCUUGGGAGAGAUAUCUUCGCUCUUCAAGUACAAGAUUCAAAAAGAACGCCGUCCCACCAUCAUGCCGAUGCUAAGGACUCUGGGAACGGAUGAUCUGUACAAUCAUCUAGUGUUUGUGCUUCCGGCUGUGUUGAUCACCAAUGUAGUGAUGCCUACGCCUCCAAUUCCUGCGGUUGCUCCAACAGUAUGGGAACUGAUCUCCGACGGGUUGGGUGUUUUGCUCAUCUUUGACGCCCAGUACUUCUUCUGGCAUUUGGUGCACCAUAAAAAUCCUCACCUGUACAGAUGGGUCUACGCCAUACAUCACGAUUACAUCUCGCCGUUCUCCUGGUCCACCCAGCACCUCAGCGCUGUGGAGCUGACGACAGUGGGCUUCUGGAGUAACAUCGAUCCCAUCCUGCUCAAGUGCCAUCCUCUGACCCUCACUGUUUUCAGCAUUUGGAUGUCUGUGGAAGAACAUAUUGGCUAUGACCUGCCUUAUUCGCCCAGCCACCUGGUUCCUUUUGGGCUUCUUGGAGGAGCAAUGGCCCAUGACAUACAUCACCAGAAACCCAGCAGCAACUUUGCACCUUUCUUUAGUCACUGGGACAGAUUCUUUGGCACUGCCGUAACAGUGAAAUGGACUAAGAAAAUUGACAAA